AUGUUGCAUUGCAACCCGAAAAGUUGGAACUUCGAUAUUGAUCGAUUUUUCAACCCUUUCGUCCCGCCGCCGCCAUGGGCUCAUCUCCCAUAUCCGGUAUCACAUUUCUUCGGCUAUCGCAAGUCUAAGCCUGACAACACCGGCAACAUCGUGCCGAUUUUCUGGGCUUGCAUAGGCGUCUUCUGCGGCGUGGCUGCAGUCGCCGUUGUCUCUCGCCAAAUCCCUUCCUUCAGAGAACAUGGAGCCCCCAUCAUCGUCGGCAGCUUUGGCGCAGCCGCCGUGUUAGAGUUCUAUUCCAUCGAGGCGCCGCUCUCUCAGCCCCGCAACUCAGUCCUCGGGCAGCUCCUCGCCGCGCUUGUAGGGGUCGCAAUCUGCAAACUGUUCCAGCUCAGCCCGCACUUCCAGGAGGUACGCUGGUUGGGAGGGGCCCUGUCGUGCGCGCUGGCGACGACCGUUAUGGCGCUUACGAAGACGGUGCACCCCCCUGCUGGCGCGACGGCACUCCUGGCCGUCGUCGACGACGGGGUGGUGAAGCUGGGCUGGUUCUUGGUGCCUAUUGUGAUGCUUGGCUGUGUCGUAAUGCUUGCCACCGCGCUAAUCAUUAACAAUGUUCAACGGCGCUUCCCGAUGUACUGGUGGACGCCUGAGGAUGUACGGCAACACCGCGUGCCGUGGAAACGUAGGGGCGACGAGGAGAGCCAUGGGAAGGCUGAGGCCGACGAGGUUGAAUCGAGGAGUAGGAGCGAGUCCACGGUGAAGCCAGACCCAGUGUUGAUCAUGAGGCCUGGGGAAGUGAUUGUGCCCGAACACAUGUUCAUCACACCUGAGGAAAAGCUGUUUUUGGAGCAGUUGAGUAAUCGGCUUUGA